AUCAAUAAUUGGUGCGAAGCAAAUGCGGAGAAUAAUCAACAUUUGCCAAUUAAAUUAUAGAACAUGCAAAUUAUGAAUAAGAGUGGCAGAUAACAGUGUUCUUUCUGUUCACGUUCGCUCAAAAAACUCACUACAGGCAGCGAAAACAGCGCUAGCCUUUGUUGCAUGCAAGCAAUAACAACAACGCGCGACAUUCUCGUAUUGCAAUAUUCCGUACGUGGCCCAAACAGAAAAAAAAUACCCAGACAUGAAUAACGCUCCGGCCAAUGGAGAGCCCCUGCUGCAACUGGAAGAUGAUGUUGAUUUAAUUGGUGAUUUUGUAAAACAGCCAGCAGCAGCAACAACAACAACAGCGAGGAGCGACAACAGCAAUCAGCUGACGACGGCACUCCUAAAUGGCUACGAGGCAAGCGGAAUUAGUCAGUUGACAACGCAAGUUGAGAUAAAUACGCUUGGAGUACAUGGCAGCAAAGCAGCAGCAGGCGGCAAGCGGAGACCAAAGCGCAAGGCAAAGAGAGAUCGUGAACAAAUUCUAUUAUCAGUGGACGACGAUGAUGAUGAUGAUGCUGCUGCUGCUGUUGUUGAUAAUUCUGGCAGCGCGUCUAUCGUUGCUGCUGAUGUGGCACAAGCCGAUGGUGCUGGCGGUGAUGAUGCUGAAAACGUGAAUGUAUUUGCUGCUGUCAAGAAGCAACCGCAAAAGAAGCAAUUGCUGCUGCUUCACGACCAUGACCACGAUGUCGAUGCCGAUGACGAUAGCGACGACGACGAAGAAGUUUUACUGCACAACAACCUGCGCAACGGCAGCAAUGCUAAUGUAAAUGGCAAUCAUUCAGAAGCAAGCAGUGAGAGCAGAUCGAGUGAAGCGACACCGCAACCAGCGCUUGCUAUUAGUCGCCUUGCAACACCAACGCGACGUCCAACAACAACGACAACGACAGUAUCGCCGCUGAAAUCAACGAUUGCAACACACCUCGAGGAGGCCAACGAUAUUUGUCUUGUGCCCGAAAUCGAUUUCGAGGGCAUGUCCACGGACGCGGGCAGCGACAAUCGAGAGUCGCAACCGCUCCUUGGUGGCGGCGGCAGCAGUCAUACUAGUCGCAUCAGCGAUCUCCUUGGUGGCCUAGGACGUGGACACGAUCACGUUGACCUUAUGUCAAACACAUUUGGCGAUGAUCCGUUCUUUUCGGAGAUUGUGGCGCAGGCCGAAUAUGCCAUCGGACAAGGUAUUCUGCCCGAGCGCAUCUAUCAGGGCAGCAGUGGUUCCUAUUUCGUCAAAGAUGCCACAAAUCACCGUUGCCUGGCCGUUUUUAAGCCCAAAGAUGAGGAGCCCUAUGGCAGACUGAAUCCCAAAUGGACCAAAUGGAUGCACAAGCUGUGUUGCCCCUGUUGCUUUGGACGCGCCUGUCUGAUACCUAAUCAAGGCUAUCUAUCGGAGGCUGGGGCCAGUUUGGUUGAUCGCAAGCUAAAUUUAAAUGUGGUGCCCAAGACACGUGUGGUUAGAUUGGUGGCUGAGAGUUUUAACUAUGCGCGCAUCGACCGCCAGAAGGCCAAGCUCAAAAAACGCAUCAAGGAGCAUUAUCCGUCGGCUCACUUCAAUCGCAUGAGUUUGCCACUGAAGACUGGCUCGUUUCAACUAUUUGUGGAGGGCUACAAGGAUGCCGACUUUUGGUUGCGUCGCUUUGAGAACGAGCAUUUGUCACCGGCGCUGACCAAAUCUUUUCAGCUGCAGUUCGAGCGUUUAGUUGUGCUGGACUACAUUAUCCGCAAUACGGAUCGUGGCAAUGACAACUGGUUGAUAAAGUUCGUGGCGCCGAAACUAGUAAGCGAGGUGGGCGGCACUGGUGGCAAGAGCAUGGCACAUGCCGCUAAACUGGUGUCGGGCCAGUCAAUCAUAGACCUCAACGAAUCCCAACCACUAUCGCUGGGCAAUGAGCUGAAGCGCGGCACUGGCGGUGGCCAACCUGCGCCCACUUCGAUGGGUAUUGGUGAUCCGAACUUCAGUACUGUCAAUGGCUAUGCAAGUAGCGAUGAUGAGCCGACAGCUGGUACUAGUCUCAGGCAGCAGCAGACAGAUCCCACAUGGAAUUUGGUGGAGUCGCCACAGAUUCGAAUUGCCGCUAUUGACAAUGGUUUGGCAUUUCCGUUUAAGCAUCCCGAUUCGUGGCGAGCAUAUCCUUAUCACUGGGCCUGGCUGCCUCAAGCCAAGGUGCCGUUCAGCGAUGACAUCAAGGAUCAGGUGCUCCCUCAGCUGUCCGAUAUGAACUUUGUGGAAGAGAUCUGUACGGAACUGCUGUAUCUAUUCCAGCAAGACCGCGGCUUCGAUAAGCGGCUCUUCGAGCGGCAGAUGUCCGUAAUGCGCGGCCAGAUACUGAAUCUGACGCAAGCGCUGCGAGAUGGCAAAUCGCCGGUACAGUUGGUUCAAAUGCCAGCCGUUGUUGUUGAGCGCUCCAGUGGCAGUCGCUUUUUCUCCUUCACCCAGCGCUUCCAGAACAAGAGCCCAUUCUUCUCCUGGUGUUAACUGGCUGCGCCAUUCAAAACUUAUGUAUUACCCACCAAGUGUAUUGAUCUGGUCCCAAGUCAUUGCCUAAAUAUGCGCUUUGUUGUUAUAUAUUAUAUCCUCGAAAAGUUCUUAGUUGUAGUUCCCUAUAAUUUGGAUUUUGUUAAAUUUGUUAGUUUUUGCGAAAAAUGGUUAAAAUCAAUUGCUAUUGAUUUGCAUACGUCAUGCACAUGCAUGCUAAUAAUUAUGCAGGUUUUAUACCAUAUAUACAGGUUUUAUAAUAUAUAUACAAAAUGUAUUUCGCCAACUGUUUCUAUUGUCAAUUGUUUAAAUAGAUGAAAAUUAAUUAGCAUAAAUCGAUACAGUGUUCAUUCCAAAAAUUUGCUGAUCGAGCGAGUUCAUUAGUCAUUGUUUACAUUAAUCACUUAUUUAUACCUAAACAUAUCAGUGAGAAUUGUUUAAAAACAGCUUCAAAUCAAAGCCUCAUUCGUAUUGCCUAGGCCAGGGACGGAUUAAAAUUGUUUGAAAUUUAGCCCCCUGCAU